AUGGCUAAGAAUAAGGUCAAGAAAGGAAACAAGAGCAAGGGUGCUAAGAAGCCUAGCAUUCCUCCAAAAGCUCUACCCGUGACACUUCUUUCUGGGUUCUUGGGCUCUGGUAAAACGACCCUUCUUCAACAUAUCCUCCGAAGCGAGCAUGGCCUUCGCAUUGCGGUUGUAGUCAAUGACAUUGGAGCUAUCAAUGUCGAUGCCUCCCUCAUCAAGAAAACACACCAUCUUUCAAAGACCCAAGAGAAAGUUAUCGCUCUUCAGAAUGGCUGUAUCUGCUGCACCCUCCGUGGCGAUCUCCUAGAAGAGCUUGUUCGUCUAGCUCAACUUCAAGAGUUUGACUACAUCAUCAUCGAGAGCAGCGGUAUCAGUGAGCCCGAGCAGGUCGCUGAGACAUUCGACUCGAGACUUGCUGAGCAGAUGGACGCUAUGGGAUCCAUUGAGGGUGCACCUGGCCUGGACGCUGAUAUGAUCAAGGUUCUUCAGCAACUCAAGGACGCUGGUGGUCUUGAGAAGUUUGCCAGACUCGACACUACUGUCACUGUCAUUGAUGCGUUUACUAUGUUGCAUGACUUUGAUACGAGUGAUCUUCUUUCUUCAAGACGUGACGAUGUCACGCCUGAGGAUGAGAGGACUGUCUCUGAUUUGAUGGUUGAUCAAAUUGAAUUUGCGGAUGUCAUCAUCCUCAACAAACUCGACAUGGUUGAUGCGUCGACAAAACCUCGCUUGCUAGACUUGAUCAAGAAGCUCAACCACCGCGCCAAGAUCCUUGAGUCGAGCUAUGGCAAGGUCGAUGUCAAGCAGAUUGUCAACACUGGCAUGUUCAAUCUUCAGGUUGCUCAGUCCGGUUAUGGAUGGCUCCAGGACCUUCAUGCCAUGACUGUCCGUGAGGUCAACGGUCGUAAUGUGCUUACACCAAAGCCCGAGACUGAGGAGUACUCUGUGCGAAGCUGCAUCUACAGUCGUCAUCGACCAUUCCACCCUCGUCGACUCUGGGCGCUGCUGUAUGACAAGUUCAUCCUGCAGCUUGAGCAGCCCGAAGAUGGCGAGGAGGAAGAGGAAGAGGAAGAUGAUGAAGACCUUGAGAUGGUGGACUACGCAGAUGCUGAGGACUCAGCCGAGGCUGCUGUUGUCGACCAGGAUACUUCUGAAUCUUCUUCAUCCCAGGGAAAGCGCUCAGCCGCAUCAUCACCUCGAAGCUCCCAUUCCACCUUAGAAUCUGCCCCCUCACCUGAACCUGCGUCUAAGAAGCAAAAGUUUGAUGACUCAGAAAUGCAAGACGCAGAUGAUCUCUUCACACCCUCUAACGAAGUAAUCCUAGAAACCAAGCGCAAACAUCCCAUCUUUACACGACUCUUCCGCUCAAAGGGUGAAUUCUUCCUCGCAACACGUCCCCACCGCGCAGGAGACUGGUCCCAGGCUGGAGCUAUGCUUACACUGACUGGCGGACGCCCAUGGUUCUGCACUCUUCCUGCAGAGGAGUACACGACCGGUGAUCCCGAGGUUGAUGGGCUUGUGCAGCAUGACAUCAAGAAAGGUGGAGAGUGGGGAGAUAGACGCCAGGAACUGGUGUUUAUCGGAGAGAAUUUGGAUCACAAGGCCAUUGAGAAGAUUUUGGAUGAAUGUUUACUCACUGACGGUGAGUUGAAGAAGUGGGAAGCUGUCAUGAGAGAUGAGAAGAAGAGUGAUGAGGAGAAGCGUGAGGCGCUGGAGGAUCUGUUUGAUGAUGGGUUUCCUGAUUGGCCGGAGGAUGAUGACGAUGAGGACCAUGAAGGACAUGACCAUCCACAUGGCUUGAGGUCGAUAAAGAAGCACCUACAAGAAGUCGAUUAA